AUGAAGAUCGUUACGACGAUCGCGCUUCUUGUCGCUGCGGCCAUCGCCAACGGCGCCAAGUACUGGGACGGCAAGGGCGGCAACGGCGGCGUCGACAAGCCCAAGUUCUUCAAGUCGUCCAAGCUCGCCGACUCGACCAUCAAGGGCUUCAAGCUCCUCAACACGCCCGUCCACGCCUUCUCGAUCAACACGGUCACCAACUCCAAGUAUCUCGACAUUACGAUCGACAACAAGCUCGGCGACACCAAGGGCGGCCACAACACGGACGCUUUUGACGUCGGCAGCUCGACAGGUAUCUUGAUCUCGGGCGCGAUCGUCUACAACCAGGACGACUGUCUCGCCGUCAACUCGGGUACUGGCAUCACCUUUACCAACGGCUUUUGCAGCGGCGGCCACGGUCUCUCGAUCGGGUCGGUUGGCGGUCGCUCCAACAACAUCGUCAAGGACGUGACCAUCUCCAACUCCAAGAUCGUCAACAGCGACAACGGUGUGCGCAUUAAGACGGUCUCGGGCGCCAAGGGGUCGGUCUCGGGCAUCACGUACUCCAACAUCCAGCUCGAAAACAUCGGCAAGUACGGCAUCGUCAUCGAGCAGGACUACCUCAACGGCGGCCCGACGGGCAAGCCCACCAACGGCGUCCCGAUCACCAACGUCACGCUCAACAAGAUCACGGGCUCCGUCUCUGCCAAGGCCACCAACACGUACAUUUUGUGUGCGCAGGGCGCGUGCAGCAACUGGAAGUGGACCGGCGUCGCGGUCACCGGCGGCAAGGCCUCGACCAAGUGCUCGCACAUCCCGGCCGGCUCCAACGCCAAGUGCUAA